GCAGAAGGAGGUCUCUUGCUUUCUGUCCCCCCUCCCCCUCUUUCUCGCUCUCUCUCACUGUGAAUUCUUCAUAGACGCAGUUUGUCUCCCAGACACAACUGUGCAUUCCAAGUUACUUGUCCCUUAAUUAGAUCAUGUAUCACCUGAGUUUCAAUUGUUUUCUCCUAGCACUGGUAAACCUCUCAGUUACCACAGCGCAUUUUAACAUUUACCAGGUGCCCAGGUUUUACAGCACCAAAGUCGGUAGGAGAGUAAGCAUGUUGUGCUACUGCAAGAAUUUAAAUAAGGGAAAGCUGCAGGUGGAGUGGUACAAGGCAGAGAAGUACAUAGAUACGCAUAGGUUGAAGCUGGAAAACUCCAGGGCCAUCAACGAUUCAGGCAGUCUGCACAUCCUGAAAGUGGAGGUCAAGGACAGUGGCAUUUACUUCUGCAAGAUCAACAAAACUUGGGGACUUGGAACCGAGUUACAAGUGAUCAGACACAUCGAUCAAACAGCAGCAGAGAGGAGGAGCAAGAUGAAAGACCUGAUCAUUUUCAUCCAGACUUUCUUCCUCAUGCUGUGUAUAGCUCUUUUCUGGAUCAAAUGUAACAAACUAGUGAACAAAGAAGAGGCUGUAUAUGAGGAACCUGAGGAUGACCACACAUAUGAAGGUCUGGAAAUCGAGCACUGUGGUGGUGACCUUUAUGAAGACAUUCAUGCUUAUUCUCAGUGCCAGGAAGCAGAAGAAUCCUUGGAGUCCCCGGAUCGAGAGUGAUAAAGUUUUACACAUAGUAAAAGCUACUAUGUAGCAGGGAAUACCAGAAUGAUAAGGGUACUGGCAGGGCAAGGCCAUUUUUUUUUUAAGGUAUUUAGUCCAAGAUGAAUGGUAUUAGGAGACUGAACAUUGCUCUGGAUGAAACAUUUGUACGCAUCCUGAUUUGUUACUGGAAUUUUUGUAUUUAGAUUACAUUAGAAUUUAAAUAGAGUUUAAAUUGAGGCAAUAUAUAUGUCUAUAUUCACAAACACACAUCCAGUACAUGCACACACACACACACACACACACACACAAUUACUUUGUGCAUCUCAAUGUUAUUUGUUAUAUUACUGUAUUUUAUUAGUCAUGUAUUGCUUUAUUACAUGGCAUGUUUCCAAACAACAAAAAUAUUUCUUCUGCUGAGUUUAUGACUAGCUUAAGCUUGGUUUGUUGAAAAUGUAAAGGUGCUCUGUGUAAGAAACAAACUAGAGAAGAACUGGUCUGGUGUAGUGGAGGUUUUGUCCUCCAGAAUAAAGACAUGUGGUGCUUUCUCAUUCA